AUGUCAAAGCGGGGACAUGACGAAAGUGAGCUCGUCAAUUCUCUUCGGCAGAAACUUAAAGUGGAUCAAUCUGCUAAUCGGUAUUAUGCCAAAAAAACAUUCGAACUCUUAAUGCAGGCACAAAGACCAAAUCAGAGAAAUUCUUUCAACGAGCCUUCUUAUGCACUAUUCAACACAGAUAUAAAGGACCCAGGGUUCUCUCUAAAAAAUAAAGUCUCAUGUCAUAGAUGUAGUACUCCAGGCCAUGCCAAUGAGUGCACAUUUUGUGAAAAGGGAUUCUGUGCAGACUGUUCUCAAAGAUGUGAACUGUCUACUCGUCCUCGCAAGACAGAAUUUUCUGUUUGUCAUGUAUAA